GGCUGUUUGUUUACUCAGGGCGGAUCCUCUCUUUUUCAGCGGGGAUACUCUCGUCUUUUAUCAUUCGCCGCCUGUCGUCGUCGUCAAAAUUGGAAACAUGAAGAAGUGAAGAGGUGCGAUUGAGUCGCAGCGCGGUCGUUAUCCUGCACGACGGCGACUCCUGGGCAAAGGCAAGGCGACGGAUGAGGGAUCUUCAAGCCAUUGACAGCUUGCUCCUGAAAGAGCUGAAGUCAUGUUGUGCCAAAGAGUACAACUUUCUUCCCAGAGAGGCUGGCCUGAAACUGAUGGAGUCUGCUUCCACACAGAAUCACAACGGAGUGUCUGCAAAAUGCAGAGACGCCAGAGUGGAGGAACUGUGGGGCCUGACCAGUUUCUUUGGCUACAGCACCCAAACUUUUGUUCAAGCUGUCAAUUUGCUUGACAGAUUCCUCACCAUUAUGAAGGCUCAGCCCAAACAUUUGCCCUGCAUUGGAGUCUGCUGUCUUCACAUGGCAUCCAAGAUGGUCGAGGCAGAGAGCAAUGUCUCACCCACCCAUGAACUCAUUCGCAUCAGCCAAAGCAAGUUCACUGUGUCAGACCUCUGUCGUAUGGAGAAGAUCAUCUCAGACAAGCUCAGUGUGGAGCCCAAAGCAGUGACGGCCUUAACCUUUCUACACCUCUACCACUCAGCCUUCGCAUCCCUGUCUGCUGGAAGGGAGGAGAUCCCAAGCAUUGGGAGACUGGAAGCCCAGCUAAAAGCCUGCUUUUGCCGACUUGUUUUCUCUAAAGCAAAAGUAAGAAUUGUUCCUGGGCGACAAUUUCUCAGCAUAGCAGCAUUCAUGUUGAGCCACGGGACUCAUUUAUCUGUUGUUUGUCUUAUUUCGCAGCCAUCAGUGCUGGCGCUGUCGCUCAUUGCUCACGAGUUGCCCGAUGCCCUCCAGUCCCCCGCCAUGUUGAAGAUUGUCCAGCAAUUCCAAAGACACCUAAAGAUCAGUGACAGCGAGCUGCUCCACUGGAAGGAACUCGUCGCCAAGUGCAUGACCAAGUACCACUCCAGUGAAUGUAACAAACCAGACAACAAAAAGCUGGUUUGGAUUGUGUCCAGGAGAACAGCUCAAAAUCUUCAGGCCAAUCACUUCAGUGUCCCUGGUCUGCCAACUAUUCCUGAGGGGAGCUGGGACGAGAGUGAGAGCGAGGACUCCUGCGAGGACAUGAGCUGCGGAGAAGACAGCCCGUGCGGCUCGCUGAGAAGUGACGGUGAAGGAGCCUUCUUCCCCUCUGUCUUCCUUAAAUGUGGAAAGUGAUACUGAUGUGCAGUAGCUCACGAUCACCUGGAUUGUAGCUGAUUAAGGUGGUCGUAUAUGGUCCAGAGCAAACCUGUUUCACUUGUCAUAAUGUAAAACACCUGUGCCAAGUGACAGGUUUUGAUCAUUAAGUGCCUGUGUUAUUUCAUUUUAUUGUUGGUUUUUUUAAUGUAAAAAAAAAACAUAUCUUAAUAAUACUUAAUGGAAAAGUGCAAUAUUUUGGCAGCUUUGUGGCAAUACAUCCUAAUGUCUUUUUCCAACAUGUUCUCUUUUCAUUUGUGUCCAAACUCUACACAUUCCAGGAGAAAUAGUGAAGCACAAGAAAACAACUUAACGAAUGUCAGUCAUGAGGUACACUCAAAGUUGAAUACCAGCUGACACACUAGCACAUCCCCAGUCUUUUUUCUUAAACUGCAGUUUUUAUACUCAACGCCGUAUAAAUGUACUCCGCAAAUGUAUGUUUAUUUACGGACAUAUACAAUUUUAAUGUGACAUUUCAGUGUUAACGUAUCAGACUGUAUAUGCGUGGAUACAUUGGUAUAUGUGAAUACGACUGGAAGUUCCUGUUUACCGAGAUAAGCUUACUGUAAAAAAAAAAGGUUUAAAAAAAAAGUGUACAUAACAUGUAAAAAAGAAGAAAAAAAAUUAUGUUUUGUGAAUACGACAUAAUGUGUGUUGUACUUGGAUAUAAUGUGAAAUCUGUUGAAAAGAUAGGAAAGAAUCCAACCAAAUUAAAAAAUUGUUUUUAUCUA